GAGCCCGGCCCCGGCCCCGGCCCCGGUGCCGGCGGUGCACGCUCAGGGCGGGUACGCUGGUGCCAACGCAGUCCCGCACCGCAGCAGUGCCGGCAGCACCAUGGGCUCCCUUUUCCGCAGCGAGGAGGUCUGCCUGGCCCAGCUGUUCCUGCAAUCGGCCUCAGCCUACACCUGUGUCAGUGAGCUGGGCGAACGGGGGCUGCUCGAGUUCAGAGACCUGAACCCCAGUGUGAGUGCUUUCCAGCGGCGGUUUGUGGGUGAAGUGCGGCGCUGUGAGGAGAUGGAGAAGACAUUCACCUUCCUGCACCAGGAGCUGCGCAAGGCUGGGCGGGUACUGAGACCGUGCCCAGACAACCCGGCGGCCCCGCUGGCCCGCGAUGCCCUGUACAUCCAGGAGCAGUCAGAGCAGCUGGCACAGGAGCUGCGUGAAGUCAGCCGCAACCGAGAAUCGUUGCAUGGGCGCCUCCAAGAGCUGCGCGAGUACCUGCAUGUCCUACGUGAGGGCCAGCGCUUCACCAGCCUCCCGCAGGCACCACUGGGCUCCCCACCUCGGCCCCGGGCCCACUCUGAGCGUGAGCCCAUCCUCGACCCCUCUGUGAGCCAGCACCUUGACCGCAAAAUCAACUUUGUGGCGGGUGUCAUUCAUCCAUGGCGGGUGAGUGCCUUUGAGCGGCUGCUGUGGCGUGCCUGCCGCGGCUACCUGAUCGCUAACUUUGUGGAGAUGCCUGAGCCCAUGGAGGACCCAGCCACAGGGGAGAGCAUCACCUGGGUCAUCUUCCUUAUCUCCUACUGGGGUGAGCAAAUAGGGCAGAAGAUCCGCAAGAUCUCCGACUGCUUCCACUGCCAUGUGUACCCCUACCCUGAGAGCGAGGCUAGCCGCACAGAGACCCUGACGAGGCUGCUCAGCCAGAUCCAGGACCUCAGUGUGGUACUGGAGGAGACGGAACAGUACUUGGCGCAGGUGCUUGACAAGGUGGUGCUGGUGCUGCCCACGUGGCGCGUGCGGGUGCAGAAGAUGAAGGCGAUCUACCUUGUCCUCAACCAAUGCAGCUUUGAUGUCACUGAGAAGUGCCUCAUCGCAGAAGUCUGGUGCCCUGUGCGUGACCUCACACUGGUGCAGGAUGCCCUGCGCCAGGGAUCGUACAAGAGUGGCUCAAGUGUGGAGUGCUUCGUGCAGCGCAUCCCCACCUCAGAGAGCCCCCCAACGCUCAUCCGCACCAACAAGUUCACCGCUGGUUUCCAAAGCAUUGUGGAUGCCUAUGGGGUGGCCAGCUACCAGGAGGUGAACCCCGCACCGUAUGCCAUCAUCACAUUCCCCUUCAUCUUUGCCAUCAUGUUUGGGGAUGUGGGUCAUGGGCUGCUCAUGUUCCUGUUUGCCCUCUGGAUGGUGCUGUAUGAGAAUAGCCCCAGCUUGCAGCAGGCCAGCAACGAGAUCUGGCUGACAUUCUUUGAGGGGCGCUACCUCAUCCUGCUCAUGGGGGCCUUCUCUAUCUACACUGGCUUCAUUUACAACGAGUGCUUCAGCAAAGCCACUGUCAUAUUCCCCUCAGCCUGGAGCGUGGCCACCAUGGCCAACCACUCUUCCUGGAGUUCUGACUACCUUGCUACUCACCCGUCCCUCACCCUGGACCCCAACAUCACAGGCGUCUUCCAAGGGCCCUACCCUUUUGGGAUCGACCCAAUUUGGAGCUUGGCCACCAACCACCUCAGCUUCCUCAACUCCUUCAAGAUGAAGAUGUCUGUGGUGCUGGGCAUUGUACACAUGGGCUUUGGUGUCUUCCUGGGGGUCUUCAACCAUGUGCACUUCCAGCAGCGACAUCGACUGGUGCUGGAGUUCCUGCCCGAGAUGGUCUUCCUGCUGGCCCUUUUUGGCUACCUUGUCUUCCUCAUCUUUUACAAGUGGAUCAAGUUCAGUGCUAUCAACUCCAUGGUGGCCCCCAGCAUCCUCAUCCACUUCAUCGACAUGUUCCUCUUCACCUCCAAUGAUGAAAACCUCCCGCUCUACAAGGGCCAGGUGCCUGUGCAGACCGUACUGGUGGUGCUGGCUCUAGCAGCAGUGCCUGUCCUGCUGCUGGGAACACCCCUCUACUUGUACUGCCGACAGCGCUCACAGUGGAUGGGCCACUCUGUGCCAAUGACCAGGGGGGAGCAGGAGCCACUGCUGGAGGGACAGGAGGCUGGCAACUCUGUCAAUGCCACCAAGGAAGAUGUAGAGAGUGGGGCACACAUCUACAAGGCUGAGCAUUUUGAGUUCUCCGAGGUGUUCAUGCACCAGGCGAUCCAUACCAUUGAGUACUGCCUGGGCUGCAUCUCCAACACUGCAUCCUAUCUGCGUCUCUGGGCCCUCAGCCUGGCGCAUGCACAGCUGUCAGAGGUUCUCUGGAACAUGGUGAUGCGCAAUGGAUUUGUGAGGCUGAACUAUGUCGGUGGUGUCGUGCUGGUGCCAGUCUUCGCCUUCUUUGCUGUGCUCACUGUGGCCAUCCUGCUGGUGAUGGAGGGGCUCUCAGCCUUCCUGCAUGCCUUGAGGCUGCACUGGGUGGAGUUUCAGAAUAAGUUCUACGUGGGUGCUGGGUACAAGCUGUGCCCCUUUGCCUUCACGCCCGACGUCUGGGAGUAGGGUUACCGUGCCAUGCCAUGCCACCCUGCUGCGCUGCCUUUGUGCCUUUUGCAAGGAUGCUGUUGCUGGUCCUGCCUGGCUGCUAUUUCCCAGAGCCCUCUCUUCUAGCCCAGAGCAGUUUAUCUUUUUUUUCCUCCUUUCUCUUUUAUGAUGGCAAACAAGUGAGUGGGGACCUGGCAGAGUGGUGAUAAAGCCAGAGGUGCUGUGCUACCCCUAAUAUCCGAAUUGCCUGCCUUACCAUGCCCUCGUGAUGGAAGUAGGGGGGCUCAGAGCUUCAGAAAACCCAAUCCCAUGUUGACUUUGCCCUUCCAUCCUACCUGCUGCCUUUGUCCUGGGGUGGCAGGAAGGAUGCCUGAGGAUCCUGUGCAGGGGAGUCCAUGCUGGCUGCCCAGGUGCAAUGAGGCAGGGCUGCAUCCCGUCCCAAGGUGGUAUGCUGGGGAGGGGGGCACCAAGAGGCUGGAUGCAGGAUACGUUCAGUGAUGCUUGUACCCUCCUCCACUCUUCUGGUCUGGGCAGCCUUACUAUGCCCUGGGAAACUUUCCUUUGGCAGCAAAUAAAAGCUAUCCAAGCA